GCUCUCAGCCCAGCUCUGAUCAGCACUCAGUGAUGUGAUGCGAGAGGAGGAGGAAGAGAAAGGAGGAGCGAACAGAAGAACAGACCAGCUGAGCUUUUCUGCUCUCAGUCUCUCGUCAGCGUCUGAUAGAGCAGUUUCUUUCUCUGCGCUUCUCUGAGGAACUUGCACACAAAGAUCCGCUCUACUUUGCCGUUUGGAGAGGGCGUUCAAUUUAAUUCGCUCUGCCUGAACCAUGCUGCCCUGGAAAAGGAGUAAGUUUGUUCUUGUCGACAAUGAGACCAAAAGCAAGCCUAAAAGUCUCGGAGUGGGGCUAACUUACCAUUCUCUUCUGUCUACUUUGUUUCACUCCUGCCCCGACCUCGUCCCCGACUGUCCGUUCCACUGGCUGGGAAGCGUCUUCCACAGCAAGCGUCAGAAAGUGGAGCUAAAUAAAGAAGAGCCCACCUACAACGUGCGAUACCUGGGCAGCGCCGUCACCAUCAUGGCUAAAGGGGAAGAAUGCACGCAAGAGGCGGUUGCCAAGAUAUGGACCCGCAGCAACUACGGCGAACAGUGCUCCAAGAUGAAGCUCACCGUCGGCCCUCACGGCAUCCGCAUGGGGGCGGAUAAAGGCGGCAAAAAGAAACCCAUCCACCUGUAUUCCCUCAACCGCAUCACCUACUGCACCGCGGACCCCUUCCGUCCCAAGAUCUUUGCGUGGAUUUACAGGCACCAGGUGAAGAAUAAAGCGGUGGUACUACGCUGUCAUGCCGUCCUAUUGGCAAAAGCCGAAAAGGCUAGAUCGUUGGCGCUCAGUCUGUACCAAACGUCAACGUCUGCGUUCGCAGAAUUCAAAAGGCUAAAACGUCAAAGUGACUUUCGCCAUUGCCAGCAGCAGUUAUUGGGAGAGGAUAUCGUGCCUCUUGUGCCUUUACGUAGACUCCUGAACGGCCAAUGCCACUACCAACCGCCAGCAGAAAAGCCUGGGAGUGCCACACGACUCUCUUCCAUUACAGAAGAAGAGGAAGAUGAUGAAAGACAGGGGGAUGCAGAAACGACAAAGACCGGCAAUCCUAACACUCAGAAAGAUCUAGGGAAGGUUGUGAGUAAACCGGACGAGGUUUCCAUUACAAGCUGGGAUGAAGCACAUAUGACUAUCAGCACUCUGGUGUGACUUUACAAGGAGACAGUUUAGUGUCUUCACCACUGAGCCGAUGUCCUGUCUCUCUCUCUCCCGCGUACACACUUUGUCAAUCAUGAACCGUGUAACCGUCCCUGGAACUCACCCUACUUCUGUACUGGGAUAAGAACCAAGGGUGACCGUUGACCUGGCACCAAUGAUGCUGCCUGAAGAGGAACUGUUCCAAGUACUUAGGAGAUGUGUAGAGGGAUUGACCUGAAUAAGCACAAUAAAGAAGGACCACAGCAUUGGUAACAAGCUUACACCGAAAAGCCUUUAUCUACCCCGACGUUGAGCGAAACUUGAACUGCACACCCAAAGAUGAUGAAGCAUGCUUCUUGUACUGAUGAGUACAUGCAAACUACAAGUGCUUUUGACCGAUGGACUAAGAAUGGGACUUUUGUAUAAAAUGUGAUAUUUUGCAAUCUUUUGGUAUAUGUAAUUUUCCCCGGCAACCUCUUUCAAUGUGCUCCGGGACGGGGGGCAGGCUCAUAGCUGUUUUAUUGGCUUCGGGAGCAGCGCUAAUGAAUUAAACCAUAACUUAGGAAUUGAGCCAUUGACUUGACGUGUUUACUGCUCCGAUCCGUCACAGCUUUGCUAAUCAGUAAUGCAUAACAAAUGGCGGAAUCACCAGUGAUGUUUGAAAUGGGCCUUUUGAGAUGUUUUUAAACCGUGUCUGUUUUACACUGUGAUUUGUUCGGGACCAAUAACAGUAAAGAUCUUGUAUUUCUACAAAUAAGAAAUUGUAGUUUAUGCCGAAUAUGUGUUGGUGUUAUAUGUUAGUCAUAAAAUAAACUCAUUUUUAUGCCGUUCACGUGAAGGUCGUGGCUUCCAUCUGUCAACUCUGGCAUGGUGUUUUGUAUUUGCAGUCGUCAUAUUAAUCUUCUGGAUAAACUGAUUAAAACAACAGCGGGUGGCGUUUUUUACGACAUGGUUUUCCUGCACAAUAGACCAAUUUGGAGUCGACGUCAUGGUUACGUCACUGCCAGCUGCACGCGCAUACUGGUGGCAGAAAAACAGUAGAAACAAAGCACUUCAAAAAUGUGUUUUUGUGUUAUUGAAUGUCAGAAUAGGAAUGGCAAAAAUGAUGGUUUUAUUUUCUACGGAAUACCGUCGUUGAAUAUGACAUUUUAAGUUAAACAAGCCAUUAAACGAACAGGCUGGACUGAAGAAAUCAUCCGGAAUACUCAUUUCUCUGUGUUUAUUUUAUUUCAGGUAAGGUUUUCUAUACUGUUUAUCACACACACAUGCAAAAUAAAUUAUGUAACGUUAGUUAAGAACGAUAAUUUAGAUGCUUUCUGCCACCAGUUCGGCUCCGCCCACAGAAUCGCGUCACACUGUUUGCAAACAAAAAAUAGGUCUGUGUUAAAAGGUGAAAUGACAAAAUGUUGUAUAAUAAA